AUGUCAAAUCGAAUUCGAUCUUUUGAAUCUGGUCAUUCAAAAAGGCUAAAAAAACGUAAACAAGAAGCUUUAAUCGAAUCACAAAAGGGAGCACUUCUAAAAUUUUGUACACCUACAACAAGUCAACCUACUAACGAUAGUGAUACACCUACAAAUAAUGAACCUACAAACGAUAGUGAUACACCUACAAAUAAUGAACCUAUAAACAAUAUUGAUACACCUACAAAUAAUGAACCUAUAAACAAUAUUGAUACAUCUACAAAUAAUGAACCUACAAACGAUAGUGAUACACCUACAAACGACGAAAAACCUACGAAUGAUGAAUUUACAACCGAUGAAAUACCUAUAAAUUUUGUUGAUCCAAGUCAAUGGAAUAAUAUUAGUAUUGAUCUAAGAGAUAUACUCGUAGAAAAAGGUCCGAUUAAAAUUCAUGAUUACGAUUUUCCACAAGAUGAAAACUCAAGAAGCUUUAAUACAUCUCACUAUAUGCGAACAUUACCAAAUGGUGAAACGCUAGAAAGAAAAUGGUUGAUUUAUUCUAUAGAUUUAGAUAGAGCGUUUUGUUUUUGUUGUAAAUUGUUUAACGUUAAUCAAUGUACUAGUAGCUUAGCUAAAGAAGCCGGUAUUGAGAUGAUUGCAGAAUUUGACCCGAUAAUGCAAGAACAUGUUAGACGCAUAAAAAAUAAGGAAAUUCAUAAUCAUUAUCUUGGACCCAGAAUGCAAAAUGAACUAAUACAUUUAUUAUCAAAUGAGGUCAAAACAAAAAUUAUUAAAAAGGUUAAAGAAGCCAAAUAUUUUUCAAUUAUUCUUGAUUGCAGACCCGAUAUAAGCCACAAAGAACAAAUGUCCAUUAUCUUACGAUGUUUAGAUAUUUCGCCAACUUCAAUAGAAGUUAAAGAAUACUUUUUAGAAUUUUUAAUAGUGAAUGAUACAACCGGUAAAGGUCUUUUUAAUUCUAUUAUUGAGGAACUUAAUAGAAUAGGACUCAAUGUGGAUGACAUUAGAGGUCAAGGUUAUAAUAAUGGUUCGAAUAUGAAAGGAAAACAUAAGGGAGUACAAAAACGAUUGUUAGAAGUUAAUCCUAGAGCCUUUUAA